AGAAAAGCCAUCUGACGCCUCCACUGCCUCAGCUCUGCUCUGGAAUAUACCCAGCUUCACCUCUGAUGUCCAAUAUGCAGAAAAGUUAUGAAAUCUGAAUGUCCUUCAAUGGAGGGUGGACAGCAAAAGUUUUCACUACAUGAGGAAGACAUCAUGGAGAAAGAGCAGAAUGAUGCUGAGUUGGACAAAAAGAUUAAGGCCUUAAAAAAAAAGAAUGAAGCUCUUAUGCAAAGACAUCGGGAAAUAGAAGAGGACCGGUUACAUGCAGAGAAAGAUGGCAUGGCUGUCACAUCUCACAGACCUAAGCAAGACAGCCUCAACAUUACAAUCACAAAAACUCCAAAUGAGAAAAGAAUAGUAACAAAAGGCCGGAGGAGCUCUGACAGCACCGAGCAGAGGUUAACUUUACGUAUGGGGAAUGAGAUGCAGCUGUGUGUUUCUGUGGACAGUAAAGUAGAGGGCAUGAGGACAAUUGGUAAGAAGAUUGACCAAGAUGUCGUAUAUUUGACAAGUAAAACUAAACUAUCCAUGGAAGACGUUAAUAACGCCUUUGGUACAGGUCCUCAUAUGCAGAUUGCUAUUUCCAGACAGAAGAUAUCUGCUAUACCAAAAGUAGAAAGGAGGAUACAAAAAAACAAGACAAAGCGCAAAACAGAACAAAACAAAGAGCCUGGUGAAAAAGGUGAGGUGAGCCGCUCUGACUACUCUCUGACAACGUCAGCAAUGGAGCAUAACCAGUACUUACAGUGGAAGAAACAGCGUGAACAAGUUGACCAUGAACGGCUAGCCAGGCAAAAGGACUCAAAAGGAGAGUGGCGGCGUGCCUGGGAUAAAGGGAAGACGGAUGAGCUUUUUGAAGGUGAUAUGUGCUAUGUUGAGACUGCUCCAAGUGCAUUUGUUGGCAGGAGAGGACCCUGGAGAAGAAAGAUGCACAGUAGAGAAAAUGUGAUUGAAAAUAAAGGUAAAGAAAAACAGCCCUGUAAUGAAAAGACCUUCAAAAUGAUGACUACAAGCAGCAGAGCAAAAGGAAAAGACCGUCUUACCAGUAGAGCCCAAAGAUGGUAUGGUAUAGAAGAUGGAGAUCUGCCAGACGACGGCCCCAUAAAGAAAAGUCUUGAUGAUAAAGUGAUCGUAAAACAUUUAGAAGGGAAAUUCAAAGAAGAUGAAUUUUUGAGCACAGAAAAACUAAAAGUUCCCGUCCAAAAUUAUUCAUUGGGAAAUAAAGAAAAAAUAGUUUUUGCAAAUGAGAAACUAUUGCUGGAAAGUAAACAGGAUGUUCCAUUUCAUGGGAAGAAAAUGGAAGAAAUGAGCAGUGACGUUCCCUCCGAGGGUCGAGAAAUGAUAGAAUAUCUGUCCAUGCUAAGCAGCGACAGCGAAUCCGGGGAAAACUCUGCAAAUCUACACCGUAAACAGAGAUGUUCAUCAUCUUAUUGACAAGAAUGUAAAUAUUAACCUAUAUAUGACAUGAGCCUCCUGUAGGCUCCAUGUCACUGUCCCCCUUCAAUCCCUUAGGCAUUUUACAGUGACUGCAAACAGCGCUUGUGAAAAGUCAAACCACUGCUCAUUAACGUUCACUGCCGGAUAAGGAUCUGGCCAUGGAUAAUCCCAAAAUAAUCUUAUUUACUGCUUUUCUCACAUUAAUGGCUUAAAGAAUAAAGAGGAAUCCAUGAAGAGCAAAUUUCACGGCUUUUUAUGUUAGAAGCACUAUAUUCUAAUAGGAGGAUGU